AGCAGUCGCGCCUCUUCCGCUCCAACGGGUAGAAGAGUGGAGUCCAUUUCGCAUGCCCCGUUUCAUUCAUACGCGCAGCAGCAGACCAGCAGGGACUGGAACACUGUGUGCACAUGGCUGCCAAAGAUGGAACAAGGCAAACAGACGACGCUUUUAUGGAAAAUCGUGUGCUAUUCACCGGCGGACGGCCGGACCCCAAGUGUGGUCCUUAAAAGGACAAUAUGCCGUGCGCUAACGAACGGUGGCGAACCUUAUGGUGCCUUGACCCACAGCCACAGCAGCAGCCUGCUCCGCUUGCGAUCGGGUUUUCGAAACGAUGGCAAAUCUGUACGGAUUCGGGUCAUUCGCGCGCGGUAUGUUCCGAUCGAAACGGCGCUCCGGCACGGUGGAGGAGUCACAUGGACGAUGGCCAGUUGUGUGCUGUUGCCACUGCGAAAGGGAAUGCCGAGUCACCGAGGAUGUCACACCGCCGCCAUAGGAAAUGUCAACGUUACGUCACGCACACAGAGGAGGGUACGAUUCGCAUCGCUGCCGUCGUUCUCUUCCGGAGUUGCUGGCCAAUGCUUGAAGCGCAAAUGCUGACCACUGACCGUGUACAAAGACGGAACGGGCUUACCUUAAUGAAAUGUAUAAAUAUUUACACGCUCUCGUUACU